AUGGGAUUUGAGUCGACUAGUGCAGGAGUUGCUGCAAGUAUAUACUUGGCGUUAUAUACAAUUUAUCUCUUGUUGGUUAUAAAUGUGGUCAGACAUAAGGGGUUCCACUUCCUUUAUAGGAUUUUGUUGUUGUUUGGGUUGUUUAGAGUGAGUGGACAGCUUUGCGGUGUUGCAUUUGGGGUUUUGGGGAUUGAGCACUGGCAUUGGCUUAUUGCAUAUUUGGUUCUUACUGCAGAAGGGUAUUUUUCGUUGAUUAUUGCAGCAUUUCACUUUGUCAUUCAGAGUCAGGUAAAACAAACAGGGAGCUCUUGGUUGCAAAAAAAGAAAGGUAGUGGUGAGAAGAAGCAUAGAUCGUGGGUUUUGAAUCGGUUUUCCAACAUAUCGUGGUCGUUUUGCUUUCAUAUUAAUUUGAUCCCUGCGAAUGCCCUCAUCAUUGCGGGAGGUACAAUGUUGACUGGGCUCGAUCCUAGCAGGUUAAGUGAAGAGCAAUCAGAGGUGAAUACGUCUAAAGGAUUACGUACAGCUGGACAGACCAUAUUUCUCAUCGAAACGAUCAUUGUAAUUCUACUUCUGAUUUAUGUAUACGUCAAAGAGAGAAUCAGAUGCCGUACCAUCUAUUUGUUGUUUGCAGCAUCUCCAUUCUUGCUAGUAAGAGGUAUAUUUGGGAUUUUAUCUAUUUAUGUUGACAAGAUGAACUACUACCAGCUUUCGAACUACGACGGAGCAGGUCUAACAUCGCAGUUUGUGGCUUACGAAUAUUGUCUCGCGACAACGAUGGAGUUUGUUGUUGCCUGUUUAUUGAUUUCCAACUAUUAUCUUGACAAUGAUCUGAAGGUAUCUGAAUCUGACAAUUUCAACAAGAUUGAGUCCGAGGAAAGUUUAUAG